CUGUGUACGCCACUUCCGGGUGGCGCGGAACGGAGCGCAACGGCCUGCAGAGCAACAUGCCCAAGUUUUAUUGUGACUACUGCGACACAUACCUCACCCAUGACUCCCCAUCUGUGAGAAAGACACACUGCAGUGGUAGGAAACACAAAGAGAAUGUGAAAGACUACUAUCAGAAAUGGAUGGAAGAGCAGGCUCAGAGCCUGAUUGACAAAACAACGGCUGCAUUUCAACAAGGGAAGAUACCUCCAACUCCAUUCUCUGCUCCUCCUCCUGCAGGGGCAAUGAUCCCACCUCCUCCCAGUCUCCCGGGUCCUCCUCGCCCAGGUAUGAUGCCAGCACCCCACAUGGGCGGCCCUCCCAUGAUGCCAAUGAUGGGUCCUCCUCCUCCUGGGAUGAUGCCAGUGGGACCUGCUCCUGGAAUGAGGCCACCCAUGGGAGGCCACAUGCCAAUGAUGCCUGGGCCUCCAAUGAUGAGACCUCCAGCUCGUCCCAUGAUGGUGCCCACUCGACCAGGAAUGACCCGACCAGAUAGAUAAAGAUAGAGGGGAGGCCUCUUUCUGUCAGUUUUAUAUUACUUGUUCUACUUCACCAGGAGAUCAUGGUGCUGUGACUCUGGGUGUUUUCCAACAGCAUGACAGGCAAGACUUGCUCCCCGUUCUUAUCAAGAGAAUAGUUUUGGAGGGGAGAAGUGGGACAAAAAAAGCAACAGUUUUCAUUUGUAUUGUGAAAUGUGAAAAUAAAAUUUGUCAGCUCUUUUAGUUAAAAGCGUGUUCCCUUUUUCUCCCCUCUGUACUCUUCGUGUAUUAUAAAGGAGAUAAAACAUUCCA